UGAAUCAGAGGUGACGUCAGAUUUGUGUCUGAUGAAAACAAGGAAGCGCAACGUGAAAGAAGUAGAAGAUCUAUGGAGAACUAAGCUGAGAAUGGACCCUAGACAUAAAAAGAUCCUUCAACGCAACAGAACAAAUCUUGUAGGGGAUUUAGACCCGUCAAACGUUUAUGAUGGACUCCUGACCAGGGGAGUCUUCACCCAAGAUAUGAUAGAUGAGAUAAAGAGCUCAGGAACCAGAAGGGACCAGGCCAGGCAGUUGAUGCGAGACCUGGAGACACGAGGGAGCCGAGCCUUCUCUGCCUUUUUGGAAUGCCUCCGUGAGUGUGGCUAUGAAAGUCUGGUCAGUGUCCUCCAGACUGAAGAUCCAGUUGGCCAGUCUGUGCCAAGCCCACGGACUCCAGUAAUCACACCUCUGCCAGUGUGUCCUAUUGAUGUCAGAAAGCCAGACAAAAUCCACAGUAGUCCACCUAAAGAAGUGCCUCUAUAUCCUACUGAAGUAGAUAUUGCCAGCCCAUCUCCAGAGAGGGAGAGCCCAAAACCCAGGCAAGGGAGGACAAGACGAGAUAGCAUCCAGAGUUAUAAGAUGGAUGCUAGCCCCUGUGGACUCUGCCUCAUUAUAAACAAUGUGGAGUUUGAACAGUAUUCAGACCUGAAGGAUCGUAAAGGUUCAGAUAUAGACAGUGACAAGCUGAAGAGGCGAUUCAAGUCCCUCAAUUUCGAUGUUGUUGUGAAACGAAACCUGAAACAUAAGCAAAUGAAACAAGAGCUGUCAGCGUUAUCAAAGACGGACCAUUCCAACUAUGACUGCUGUGUGAUCAUCAUGCUGUCACAUGGCACAGAGGCCACGCACAGCCGCUUUCCUGGUGCAGUGUAUGGCGUGGAUGGCGUCCCUCUGCCAGUUCAGGACAUCACAAACUAUCUCAAUGGACACAAGUGUCCCUCACUGCAGGGCAAGCCCAAGCUCUUCUUCCUUCAGGCCUGUGGAGGAGGAGAGAAGGACACUGGCUUUGAAGUGUCUCCUGAUGAGGUGGAGCCAUGUAGGGGUGGAGCAGAUGACCAGACAGAUGCCAUCCCUGUGUCGUCCAGCAGUGACUCUCUGAGCAUGUCAGACGAAGUUGAUGCACGGGCUACUCUCCCCGCGUCAAGUGACAUUCUGGUGUCCUACUCCACUUUUCCAGGAUUUGUCUCGUGGAGGGACACCAAGGCAGGUUCCUGGUAUGUAGAAACCCUGGAUCGUAUUCUGGAACAGAAUGCUGCCACUGACGACUUAGUAACUAUACUUAUGAUGGUCAACGAUGAAGUGUCACAGAAUUCUGCAAAAGGCUUGUAUAAACAGAUGCCGGGGUCAUUCAACUUCCUUCGAAAGCACCUCCACUUCCAGGCUCCAUCACACAGCAAGUCUACAUGACCAGCACAUCUGACUCUGGAUCACAGAGAAAUCCUCAGGAAUUCAUAAUGUUUAAAUGGUUAUCCUUUGGUAAUCAAUAUUGUUAGCUUUGUAAUUUUUUACUUUUACACACAAUUUGUAGUGCUGUUGUUUACUGAAUUUCUCAGUCAGAGAGUUGUCACCCUUUUUUCAGCAAUUUUGUAGGGUGUCUCAUUAAUGAUUAGACAUCAAUAGAUUUUAGCUUGACAACUUAUUAUUUUAUUUUUUUUACAAGUUAUUUCAAUAAAUGUAUAUGAUUUUUAACAUUGAGUCUUUGAUGUUGUCUGGUACAUCUGCAAUUCUUGGAACA